CCCGACAGCCCUGCCUCCGGUGUUUGCAGGGCUCAGGGCGGCGCGGGUGCUCUCUAGGGUUUCUCAGGGCGCCCUCGCCUCCCCCUGGCCCCACGCACGGGCCGCAGUUCUUUUGGAGUUGGGCGUGCGGGUGAUCACGUUUAACUGUUUUACAUUCAGAUUCUGAAUCGUAGCCAUUUGAGGAUCGCUGUGCUUACCCGAGGGGGUAGUGGCGUGGGAGGGCCGGUCAGCAUGUGGGUUGAAAAGGAGACACGGAAUCUGCUUUUCUGAGUGACUUUAGGUGAACCCCUUCACCUCUCCAGGCGUCCCAGGAAAGGCGUCCUUUCUUUAUAACGUCAGGUGCUUGGGGGUGGAAUGCAGGCUUUGGGGGUUUUGCAAGCUGGCCAGCUUAUUGUGAUUCAUAGCCAGGUGUGGGAGACCCAGGACAUCCUGAGGGACCCUUCCAACUUCAACAUCCUCUACUUCUGUUCUAGAACAUGGUGUUAAAAGUGGGAACUUGAAAGCACCGCGGAGAAAUGCAGUGGGACCACUCCUCCACCAAGCCGAUUUUUGGAUCUGGGACCGAGCCUGGGCAAUCUCUCUCUCCUCCCUGCCUCCGGUGCCCAGGUCUUUGCUUCGUGGAGACAGGAUGGACAGAUUCCUGGUGAAAGGGGCGUUAGGGGACCUUUUGGGAAAGAGGGAGCGAGAGGCGAGCGGAGAAGGGCCAGCAGGCCUGCAAAAGGACCAGGAAGGUGGCAGGAAAAGGCUGAAGGCGGAGACCCCGGGGAAGGCAGGCCACCAGGCCAGCCCCAGCUGGCAGCACAUCCGGGCUGAGGGCCUGAGCUGUGAUUACACAGUCCUGUUUGGCAAAGCCGAAGCAGACAAGAUUUUCCAGGAGCUGGAGCGGGAAGUGGAGUAUUUUACAGGCGCGCUGGCCAGGGUCCAGGUGUUUGGGAAGUGGCACAGUGUGCCCAGGAAGCAGGCGACCUAUGGCAACCCCGGGCUGACCUACACGUUUUCGGGCCUUACUCUGUCUCCAAAGCCCUGGAUCCCAGUUCUAGAGCGCGUCCGGGAUCGUGUUUCUGCGGUGACUGGAGAGACCUUCAACUUUGUGCUCGUUAACAGGUACAAAGAUGGCCGUGACCACAUCGGUGAACACAGAGAUGAUGAAAGGGAACUGGCUCCCGGGAGCCCCAUAGCCUCGGUCUCCUUUGGGGCCUGCAGAGAUUUCUUCUUCCGGCAUAAGGAUUCUCGGGGGAAGCAGCCCUCCCGGAAGGUGGAGGUGGUCAGGCUUCAGCUGGCCCACGGAAGUUUGCUUAUGAUGAACCACCCGACCAACACUCACUGGUAUCACAGUCUCCCCGUCCGAAAGAAGAUUCUGGCUCCACGGGUCAAUCUGACAUUUCGCAAAAUUCUGCCUACUAAAAAGUAAAAACUUUGUCAGCCGUUUGUAAGUCUGUUUUCUCCUCCCGCUCUGCUCCAGGAGGGAACUGGCAUCCCCUUUCCGAAAAGGGAACGCAGAAGAGGUUUAAUCCAAGCGUGGGGCUUAUCGCACAGCAAUGCAGGAUUCCGAAAGAGGACGGCUUUAUCAAAUUGGUCAAGUGUGAAAGAAUACCAGUUGAUUUUUUUUCCUAACAAAAAGAUUCUUUUAUUACUAUAAUACACAGCAGAUACAAAAGGUACCUUUAGCAAAUACAUGAAUCAGCAGUUAUUAUGGCAUAAACUACGAGUUUAACUUCAGUUUUUUGCCAAGAGAAGCCACUUUGUAAAUAACUUAAAGCCAGAAAUAAGAUGAUGUGGCUGCUACUCAAUGCCUAAUAAUUUACGAAAUGAGGAAGUCAGCUUUAAGUCAGGUUAAGAGACUGCACAGAUUAUCAUUCACAUUUACAACCUUGGCUCCCACCCUGGCCUCUGACCAAAGAUCUGCUGACAGCUAAACAUUCAGAGGAUCGUCCCCUUUCGUGCCCAGCGUGUCUCUUUAGUGGCAGGCUUCAGAGAGUAAGCGGUGGCAGGAGAGCAGUGACCGAAAGCCGCGACUUUGCAACGCCGCGUAAGGUCACAUAACUGGGGGUUUGUUCCACCAGACCCAGGCAAAAUAGGUGGACUGGGUUCAGCGUCAAAGCCAGGGCCUGCCACGGAAUCAGGAAGGGGCGUCAGCAGUGAAGGCCUCAGAUGCUUCGAACUGUUCCUCUCUCCCUGAUGCCCGGGGCCUGGAGAACCUUCACAGUAUUUUCAAUCGGUAGUGAGUCUGGAGUCCUCGGGGGUGAGUGCCGGGCCAGGCGGGAUGGUGAUCACCUGGGCCACUUCUGCUUUUAGCCAACACCCAGGCAUCGUCUAGAAGUGUCUGCCAGCCUGCCCCCACCAGAAGGAACAUGGUCCUCAGCCUUACCUCGGGGGACCUUUUAGACAGCUCUGAUUCCAAAUCUUAACUCUGAGGAGUCCAUUUGAGUUUGGUAUCUUUUUUUUUGUUUGUUUAAAUAAAACUAGCUAAAACAUAGAUACUACUGUGUGUCCUCAAACUUCCUGUGGUCCUGAGAGGCAUUCAUGAGACUUAUCCAAAGAGGGAAGAGAGUGCUCAAUACAGUCUUUGUAUCAGGCUACUAGAAACCAAUAAAUUUAGAGUACGGACCUGUAA